AUGUCUCAAACAAGAAAACCUCGUACGAUCCUCCAACAGAGGAAGAACCAUCUCCCAGACCACCUCGUGCUCAACAUCUUCGCAAACCUACCUGUCAAAUCAGUCCUAAGAUUCAGGUGCUUGUCCAAAACCUGGUACUCCUCGCUCGCCACUCCUAAUUUCAUCUCCACCCAUCUUCAUCAUCAUCGUCUUCAUGAUGACGCUUAUCUCAUACACAUGCCUCCUGAUGUUUCUUAUCCUUCUUACGACCUGAGAGACUUUGGAGAUGAUGAUGAUGAUGAUGAUGAUGUAUACGUGCCUACUACUGUUUCUUCUCGGCUUUCUAAAAGCAACACCCCAAUCUGCUGCAUGGUUGCUCGUGACAGCGCCACGUUUAAUGAGAUUUCCGAGUAUCCAGUUCCCUCUGCUUUUCAUUUAUCUUCUUUUCAAAUAGUCGGUUCCUGCAAUGGCCUAGUUUGUGUCGCUCAAUAUGGAUGCAGUUCCACUAUUGCCCAUGCUAUAUAUUUGUGGAACCCCAGCAUCAGAAAAUUUAAGAGGUUGCCUGAUUUUUCCUUAACAAGAUUUAUUUGGAUUUCUACUGGAUUUGCUUAUCAGUCCGAGACAAAUGAUUACAAGGUUGUAAAGAUCUCUUAUACGCGUCAUCCCACCCAGCUUGAUCUUCUUCUUGAUCGUGAGGUUGAGAUUGAGAUUGAGAAGGAGGCCGAGGCUGAGGUUUACACAUUAAGCUCCAACUCUUGGAGAAGGGUUGGAAUCUCAUUGAGAAAAAAUGUUAAGGUCUCCUGUAUCAAAGAUUGGCCUGCCACAUUUGUUUGUGGAGCUUUGCAUUGGUUGGGAGCUGUUAGUGAUGGUGAAGCGAUCACAUAUCAUAACAUGAUUUUGUCAUUUGAUGUCAAUAAUGAUAAAUUUGGAGAGAUAGUACUCCCUUGCGGACGGCAACUACUACCACAAGGUCUAGUAGUGCCGGAGCCAAAUUGUCUAAUGGAGGUCAAGGGGAAACUGGCCUUCAUUACAUUUGGUUGCCACUUAAUUGACGACAACAUCAAUGACAACUACAACGAAUACUUAAUGAUGUCGGAUCGCGAGUCAUGCUUCAUUUGGGUCAUGGGGGAGUAUGGUGUACAUAAAUCGUGGAGUAAACUCUUUUUUGUCCGGUUUGAAGAAGUUUUCGAUUUACAGUUCUUUGGUUGCAACAGUAGUGGUGAACUGCUAGUUAGAAAGGAAGUUGAGAGGGACACUGGCCGGAGUCGUAAGGACUACAAAAUGUGGUGGCGACACACUGACUACUACGUGAUUGUUUCACUUGAACCUGAAACUUUACAUGAGAAGGAUCUUGGUAUCCAAAAUGUUGAACUUAUAGCUACUAAUUUCAUGGAAAGCCUUGUGUUACUUGAUGAAGCAACUGAGCUAUCUGGAUAA